UUUCAGAUCUCUAGUAGCUUCGAUAUUCAUGUAAAUCUUAGUGCGAAAGGAUACCGUUCAUUAAUAUACAGCGGAGAUCAUGAUGCAAUUGUUCCUUUCAUAUCGACGCAAGCAUGGAUUAGGGCUCUAAACUACUCCAUUGUGGAAGAUUGGAGGCCAUGGCUUAUAGAAGGACAAGUUGCAGGAUAAACAAGGACUUACUCGAAUCAAAUGACUUUUGCAACUGUGAAGGGUUCAGGACAUAUAGUUUCUGAGUACACGCCUGAGGAAGGUUUUGCCAUGUUCACAAGGUGGAUAGCUAAUUUACCAUUGUAACUCAACAAAUAUAUAUGUUAGCAGAAACAAGGUUAUCAAUGUUAUGCUCAUUUCUCUAUCGUAUUUUUUGAAUUAUCAAUGUUUAAAGAUUCUGUAUAAUAAAUGAGCAAUGUG